AUGAAAACCUUCGGCACUCGAAACGGAGCCCCCGACGAUAUGGACUAUACCGAUCCUACAAACAAGUACAAAAAUCUUAGGUCCGCGAAGUACGCUAAUCGUGAUGUGUUCUAUUAUGGGCCGGAGGUGGAGCUCUGCUGGUCCUGUGGGUGGAAUACACAUAGCCAGAGAUACUCGUCUUAUGCAUCCCGACUUCGGAUCAUUCACACCCGUCGGAACUGUGGAUUGUGGGCAGUUGGGACUCGUUGGAUCCUUCGAGAUGAGCAGAACGAUCGCUUCCUUGGGAACCACUAUAUGACCUUGAAGUUUCUCCACAAACAACCGAACCUGACUAUCCCUGUUUGA